CUCAGCCCACUAUCUUUGUUUUCGAAGGGAGCCAGCAAUGAUGGGACGAUAGGCCAUUGCACAGAAUCGACUAGUAGUUAAGACGUCGAUAGAGACUGCUUAGACACAGUUUAGGAAUUCUUGACUAUAAAACAAGACGUCCCCUCUCCUAUUCCAAAGCUGGACAUUUUAUUAUUGUCGAGCGACGUUCUUGCUCAAGGUAUUACACGUGGUUGUAUUUCCUAUAUCGCUGACGUCAGCUGACGAGGGUAGUUUGAUGCCAGAUUGACUAGCUCUUUCAAUUAACCACAAGAAGUUCGACAACGACAAACCUCAGCUCACCUUUUACGCCCUGAAACUUCGGUAUUCUAAGCGCUUAAGUCCAUCAGUCAUGAGAUUGCUAUAUGCUCUCCCCGCAACUUGCGCGCUCAUCUACCGCGCCAAGAGCAGGAAUUCUUUAACGCCCGCUGGCAUCUUCGCUGCGACUCUGACAGCUGCCGCACACGCCUACCACCCAUGGAAUCUUCCAUUUGCACUCCUAUGCGUAUUUUUCCUUGCCGGAACACGCGUAACACACAUCAAAGAAGGCAUCAAGGCCAACUAUACGCUUCGUUCAAAGGGUACAUCUGGAGGGGAAGGGCCUAGAACACAUGUUCAAGUUCUCGCCAACAGUUUGAUGGCCUCUGUCCUCUCUGUCCUCCACGCGAAUCAACUACGAAAACGAGAAGCCGCAUUCGCCGAUCCUAAUACUCCGGAUCCCACGGGAUCACUAUGCUUUUCAUGGGGCGGUGACCUCCUGGUCGUUGGUAUCAUUGCCAAUUAUGCGGCCGUUGCGGCCGAUACUUUCAGCUCCGAACUUGGUAUCCUGUCUUCAGGACAACCUCGACUGAUCACAUCACCAACACUCCGAAAGGUGCCUCGCGGAACAAACGGUGGUGUCACCUUGCUGGGUUUAGGUGCAGGUUUGCUGGGGUCAAUGAUUAUUGUCACCGCAUCCAUGAUAUUCCUACCGUCCUGCAGUGAGGAGUCAUCUCAGACGCCCGCAGGCGGUGCCCCAUGGACGAUGCUGGAGCGGCGCAAGUUUAUGGGAUUCAUGGUAGUCUGGGGUGCUCUUGGCAGCGUCUUGGAUAGUUUCUUGGGUGGCCUAUUCCAACGGUCAGUCAGGGACGUACGGUCCGGUAAAAUUGUCGAGGGAGAAGGCGGCAACCGUGUCCUAGUGGCCGAAUCUGCCACGGACGCGGCUGCUCAUUCGAAUGUCAAAACCGAGGCCAUGCAGAGCGAAGCAAAAGAGAAGCUUGGUGGUUCUGCUAUUUUGGACGAUGACGAUGCUCCUGCUGGUGUCUACAAUCAUAAAGACAAGCACCGCAAGUCAAGUUUUGGAGAUCAGCGACCAUCACGGGCUAUCGAAAACGGGUGGGAUCUUCUCGACAACAAUGAUGUCAAUUUCCUCAUGGCAGUUACGAUGAGCGUUGGCGGCAUGGCAGUAGCGAGCUGGUACUGGGACGUGCCCAUACAGAGCGUCAUGGGUGUGUAGAAACACAAGUUAGCGACGUCAUUUUGAGGGUCAAGGGCAAUUCUUGACCUUGGCCCCUUCCUGCCAAGACCAAUGAGAAUAAAGUGAUGUAAAGAGCAACUCCCUUUCCCUUCUGGCGUCCUUUGAUCCAUCACGAGAUUUAAACCACCAUUACCCGUCGCCACUGGAUGGUGUUGAACUGCGUCAAGACGCACGCAAAUGCUGAGUGCCCCCAGCUUGGCACGGCCAACCCCCGGUGAAAGUCCGUCACCCCCCGUCAAUCACCCCGCCGGGUCUCGGCGUGAAUCGCAGCAUCUCGGAACGCCAAACCCGGAGUUGACUCCGUGGUGGGUAAACUUUGAGUCCAAUGCGAAAUCGGCAGUUUUUUGAUUUCAGAAGCCGACACGGUAUCUCAACAAUUAGACCCAAUCUCAUUCGCGCAACGAGUUAUCUGGACGUGAUUCCAUCACCCAAUUCUCCAGAUCUCGGAGGACGGGAGGGUGGGAGCGAGAAAAGCCAAACGAUUUACAUCCCCCUUCUGGCGAUCCAAUAGACAUGAGGCCUUUAGUGAUCGAGAUUAAUUGCUCUUUCUCUUCCAGAGAUAGGAAGAUAUUGACGGAAACCUGGGGUAAGCCUGAAUCGGAUCAGUUCCUGUUGCUCAUUUAAAUGUGUAAUAGUCUCAAGCUUGAGUCUGAUUGGUCUGUCAAUUUUCCAAUGAGUCAAAUGGGGAUUGCGGGGGGCGGCAGAUCUCCAUCUCAGCAGUAUGGGACAUUGAGCAGGAGCGUUGCCUAGAUUGCCUCUUUGAGUGGUUAUUCUGCUAUUAAAGCAAUAGAAACUUAUGAUGAGUUUUGAAAAAAGCAGUAACAUUUAGAAGAUUUAGAUCAAGUUAGGAUGGCUCUAGCCUAGGAAAGGGAGGCGUCACUGUGGUAUUGCGGUCUGGGCAUAGUUGCCAAACCAAAGUUUCGAGCACCUGCACCUGCUCUGAGAUAAUAUUCUUCCACCCACAGAGCAAGAACGAUCUGCAUAACUCUGGUUAACCUCACACGAGCCCUCGACUGAGAAGAAAACUUCUCCUGGACAUCUUCAGACGCGCCCUCCAAUCACUUUGAUGUUAUUCUUCCUCUUGGCCUGCCUUAUCGUUACCAUACAUUUACUUGAGAGCAUCUCAACUAAGUUGUCGGAAUAUGCAUUACCCCUGGCAUCGUCAGGGGCUCUAUCUUUUCUCAUGGUCUCGUGCGUGUGCGCCCACUGACAAGAACCGUUCGUUGCAGCCAGUCGGAUUCAGCUCGGGAAUAAUUGAACCCUGACACCCGGCAGAAUGGAGUCCUCCAGUUCUAGAUCAAUGAUUUAUCCAGGGAGAAAUGGAUGAAGAGGUGGGCAAAAUCGACUGACACAACCGGACCGACGCUAAUAGUUGACGGCAAAACCCCAGCAAUACAACUACUCGAUUCAUCGCGUAUCCCGAAGCCGGAGACCAUACCCUCUCAAUCCAGGACAGGGCAGACCGGAGAAGUGCCUGAAAGUCUGGAGUGUCCCGAAACCGACAUUGCAAUUUCGUACGGUCUGGGGAAAUGGAAGAGGACCUGAAGAUCGGAAUCAAUGAGCGAUUUACAGUUCGGUAAGUGAUGAAGAUAGCCAACCAGGAACGAAGGUAUCUGAAACGGCUUUGAAGCCGUCGGUCGAAACCCAACGUGAGAUAACAUUCAUUAUGCAGAGCAUGCCCUGAUCCAAUCACGACUCAAUGAUAAGAGCAUGCAAGUUGCUGUCCAGCUCGGGUGUGUGGCUUUAGUUCGUUGGGUACGGUAUUCUUUUUUUGGGGUGGCGUUGGUGACAAGGUUGGGCGUGCUUGGAGAGACACCGACUCGUCGCCGGGCAGCGCUGAGACUGAACCCCAAAAAAGAAGCGGUGGUAGAAGGAACUGCGCUCCGGCCGAGGUGUUGCGGCCCAUGGUUGGACAACUUAAACAAAGAAACAGGGUCCUCUGACUGAAAAGAGUAUGGCUCGCCUGGGGCUCAAGAAACGAUUUGGUAACAGAUCAGGGACAAACCGGAACCACCGAGGCUGUCGGGCUUCCUGGAGAGUCACAAGCACCAGGCUCUAAGCGGUUCUCAAAAUAGCUGGGCCUGGCUCAUGGCUGGAGUAUUUUCGGGGCAUCCAUGGCUCACAUCAGAAGGGCUCAGGGCGCAGUCUGGCCCUGGGGCUGUUUCUGACGCCUGUGUGCACCUUUGUUGCUUGUCCUCGGGGGGCAAGAAAACAGCGA